AUGUCGCAUCGCAGAUCAACUAUAUCAACACAAACAAAAGUCAAAGCCUUCUUCGAUUACAAGAGGACUUUGAUUUCUCGUGAGGGGUCUCGGCCCCUCACCUUCGCACCACCUUCAACAAGAGCUGCGGCCGUCGAGUAUCGUGCAUCAGCACCAUCAACAAGCUCUUCUGAGUCUGCAGGAUUAGUAACCAGUUCAAGAGCUGAGAACUUGGCCUAUCUGUCGGCUUAUCCUCCCAUUACUCAAUCUACCUACCAAUAUGGUACCCUUUAA